ACAACGCUACGUUGUCGGUCGGGUCAAAAAUUCUCCGAAAUGGCUUCCCAUUUCGCCCACGAUUGCCUAAAUCUCUGCGCAGCAUGCGCAGCAGCGACUUCCCGACAAUUUUUGCGUCCCCGAGUUGGUGUCCAGCUCGCACCAAAAUAUCCGGCCAAGCUCAGCGCCAGGUUUCUAUACAUUUGUAAUAAAAGUCGAAACCAUCAAGACGAUGGCAAGUUCCAGCAACCCAGGCCAGCCGCCGGCUUCGGCGCCCCAGAUUCCGGUAGCCGCAAAGCAAAACGAAUACUUCGUUCCCCGCGACGGUAUUGACCGAGAAGUCAUCGUGAGCGACAUGUGCAGUUACCUUGGGAAUGACGCAACAGUGCGUCUAGGGACGUUUGAGAGCCCGGAUGGAAAAGUCAUACGGGGGUAUUAUGUCACGGCUUACAGGAACCUGACGUCUGUAGGUAAUUUGAACAAUGGCUGCGAUGGCGCAUCAGCUGAGACAUUUCUCACAAAGGCCAUGGUCCAAGGCCUCAAAGCAGAUAGUGCAAGAUGGGAGCAAGAGAGACGUGCAUCUUCCCGCACGGCUGCGUCCUCCCGCCAAUCCGCCAGCAGCCCCCAACAACGAAGCGGUUAUACUGUCCAGGAGAACCGCCGCACGUCUGCGUCCUCCCGCCAAUCCGCCAGCAGCUCUCAACGACAAAGCGACUACAUUAUCUGGAAGAACCGCCAAGCAAAUCCAUAUCGCAUUGGUAUCAGUCCUUUGGGUGAUCCCCUGUCUUUCAGUGAUCCUUCAGCACUUGGCUAUCCUUCCACUUCUUCGGUCCCCGACCUGUACGCCUAUCCCACUCCACCUCAGGCUCCCGGUCAGCAGUACGGCUACCCUUCUACUUCUUCGGUCCCAGGCCCGUACGCCUAUCCCACUCCACCGCCGGCUCCAGGUCAAUACGACUACCCUCCCACUUCUUCGGUCCCAGGCCCGUACGCCUAUCCCACUCCGCCUCCGGCUCCCGGUCAGUAUGACUACUCUCCCGGUCAGUAUGACUACCCGCCUUCUACUUCGGUCCCCAGCCAUCCCGCUCUAGCAACACGUCCGUUGUUUCCCCGCUCUCCUGUAGCUCCUCCAUAUCUCAGUCGGUAUGACUACCCACCUUCUACUUCGGUCCCCGGCCAUCCCGCUCUAGCAACACGUCCGUUCCAUCCCCGCUCUCCUGUGGCUCCUCCAAAUCCCGGUCAGUCCGAUCAAGGCUCACCUGCGGGUACGUCGGGUUUAAGUGGGCACUACUAUGAUCCAGGGCCGCAAAUGUCGACUUCGGAUGGCAACACGACCAGUAUGGCGCCGGCAGGAGCCGCAACCGACUCUGGGUAUGCUUCGAUGUCGCAUGUACCCAAUAAAGCCACUCUCCCGCCAGUCGUCGAGUCGGGACCUAAUAUCGGUACCAUUGGUCCUGAUUUGGAGAUCGAGCAGAGUGUUGACGAGAACCUCUUCCCCGAAAACGACACAGCCACUGUAUACUCAGCAGCUGACCAUCUGGAUGACUACCACUUGAACGUGUACGAAUCCGAACUCGCCGAUGGUUUGGCGAACUGGGUGCGGAUGCUGCAGCCCGACGUAACUGCCAAGAAGACUAUGGCCGAUACCCUGCCUGACCUCCUUAGGAAUUUUGCGUUACGACUGGGCCAACAUUCAACCACGCAGUCGGAAAACUCGGUCAUGUACUUUGUCCACCGCUACAGACACAAUAUCGCGCGGCGCUUUAGGGAAGCUCUCCUGGCCACAGCAAACGACGAAGACGCUUCUUCCAAGCCACAGGAGUUAGUCGACAAAGAAAAACUUAGAGACAGCGUGCAAAGGUGGCUUGAAAAUCUCACAGACGAACCCAGCCUAGUCGACGACGUCCCAGAAGCCCCUCCUGCAAAAUUGGAUGAACAAGAAAUGGCUGCCAUCCCGGAUGAGCAAAAGUAUCGCGAAGUUGCUUUCAAAUCCCCUGCUUACAAGUGGCUUCUCGCUUCCCUCGGCAAGAAUGCCGGUCUCAGCACUGGCUCCCCGGAUGACGCCACCGCAGUCAUCAGAAGUCAGAUCUCCAAAGCUCUGCCUCGAGCGAAGGCAGUCAGCAGCAAAGUCGCAUCAGACGUCCAUGCCAUUGCUAUCAGGUGUGAUUGCGAUGUUGAAACGUUCGUCCGACAUGAGUAUCCAGACACGGCCGGGGAGUUCAAGCUUGGAGAAGUCAUAGCCAUAACCGGGUUUCCUACUGAUGCUCAAGCUCUCACCUGCUUGGCAUACAUGGAGCAGACGUGGCCGAGCACAGGAGGUGAUGUGUUGUCGGCAGUGCAGAGAGCCUUUCAGAGCGGGAAGCCAGCAUCAGGUAAGCGCUCUUAUCGCUGUUUACGGCCGGGACAGCUGACAGCCAUGCUUCCUAUAGAAGAACUCUCUGACAGGACUCGAAUAACUGCCUCCGCUUUUGAUGGCUCUCUCACCCUAGAAGUCGAAGGGACUGUUGAUGUCAUAACGGAAAUGGCCGAACAGAUCAUUUGGCUUGCUGCUGCUCUGAGAAGCAGUGAGGGGGAUGAACUGACGUACUGCACUCCAUUCAUCAAACAGAUCACGAACUCGGAGGGAAAGCGACAGGCGGAUGUCGGUUUCGACUUGAGCGUACGAGAACUAGACCAGAAGCCGAAUGGCACCUGCUGGCAUGCCAUGUUUCGGAACCCAGUCGUCGUAAGAGGUUAUCCCAUCCGUCGAAGGCCACACGAUGGAGUUGGACUGGAGGUGCCCCUCCACAUCAUGGCCGGGCUCGGCCAGGCCACCCACGUCACUGAAUUUCUGGGAAAGUCUUACAUCAAGGGCUUUGCUUCGAUGUUCGUCGCUGUGGAUCAAACGGAUGGAGUCUGUAACUGGCAUCACCUCUACAACUCGGACGGGACGAGGAUAUCCUACAACGAGGCUGGGGACACAUCGGCCGGCCAGGUUCCGGCUCAUGUGCUCUCCACAUCGCGACACAUCGUCGGCUGGUGCACUAAAACCAGCAUUUUAGCAGGGUCUUCCAAUGCCAACUACAAAGUCAAACGAUCGGGAUUACCACAAGCUGGCCGAGACUUUGCUCUCGACAAGAUCUCUCUCUCGUGUGGCCAGAUGAUAACCGGGGGAGCCACUUUCAGCAUCGGCAAGAAGGACGUGCCAAUCCACGUUUCCAAGGGUGGAUACGUCGAGAAGCUUCGUUGGAUCACCCAAAGACAUGUUGUUCUCUGGGACGUAGAAGCCAAGCGUGGUUGGAUGGUCGACGGGGCCACCGCAUUGCAUCACCUUCUGCGCGGCUCGUUGGAGCAUUCGCGCACUGACAGCUUUCGGUCCGAGUUCCUGUUCGACUUCUCCAAACUCAAGGAUGGUUCGGCAAUCGAGGUUCUUCUCAAGCCGGAACACCGUCGACUGUUACUUUACCCUUCGAAGGAGGAGACACACACGGAGACCAUAACAGGGGUCGACGGCGAGACGAGGACCGAGACCAAAACCAAAAUAACCUAUACAACUCUAGGAAACAAGGUGGAGGAGAUCUACACCUACCUUGAGAGGAUGAUCGAACACAAGUCCCAGAUUGAAAACACCAAAGGCUUCAACGCCAAAGUCCGGCUCCGGAGGCACCUUGAGGGCUGGGAUUUCUCGGAUCUGGCAACCAACCACGACCCUUCCCAUCUCCGCGUAGCUACUCUGCCUGCAAGCGCAUUCAGCUGGGUUGAGUUAACAAGGAUCGCACAAGCGAUGACGCUGUUUGGCAAAGGUUUCGGGGACCUCUUAUCCCCGACCACCGACUCGGCAAGGAACAGGUGCUCCAGCUGGGGAUCUGUUCCCACAGCCAAACACUACCUCUGUGUUCGUGUCGCGGACCUACAGAACAUAGCUGAGGAUUCCGGAGGGGAUAUCUUGGCAGACCCCAUCCACAUUUCGCCCGACCUGGUCUGGAUGAACCCUUCUAGAGACGAUCCUUUCGGAUGCGUGUGCGACGCGACACAGACACUGGGAAAACACCCGUCUCCCGUCCAGCAACUCGUGCCUUCUUCUUGGCGACGUAUCGCCACCGGCAGCUCUCUCAGUCUCAUCGGCAUAGGAGAUAGAGCCGUCAUUUUCGGCCAGGGCAACGGCUUCCAAUGGACGUGGCCAGACGGUAAAGGGGUUAUGCAACCGCAGAGCAACAUCACUCCAGACUCUCCAGCAGGGACUACCUCCAGCAGUGCCAACGACAGCUCUUCGGCGUCUCACACCAGUCAGUCCGUCGCGGGAGCGUCCCCUCUCACGCCGGAUACGCCAAUGUCGUCGUUGUCGACGCAAGCCAAUAUGAGCGUUCAAUCGCCCCAGGGGAAGGGUACACCCGAGCUAUCAACUACUAGCUCGAGCGAGUCAUCAUCUCCGGCUAGGUCAAGUCCCGCUCCUCCCCGGUCGGAUACUGCGACCCCGGAGAGAAAUAAAGCAGAAGAAGAGGGAACAUGUGCGGAACCGACGAACACUGUUGUGGGAGUGAAGAAAGGGGGUAUUCUUCGUCGGGCCUGGGCUAUAUCUUUUUGGCGAAGGUGAGGGGAGUAUUUUGAAGGCGACAGCAUUCCUUAUUGCUAAAGUAGCCUCCUCUCAGAGCAGCCUCUGGUAGCUCAGUUGGCAGGUUUUUACC